CACUGCGGUCCUACCAUUUGCGCAUAAUUUUAAAAUCAAACGGACAAUUAGCGACGCUGCUUUUCGCUGUUUUAAUAAGAAGUAGUGAAAAAAUAGUGAUCCUCCGGCGUCCCUUUGUAAAUAUUAGUUAAAAAACAUUACCAUUUAGUUCGGUGGACAGUGAAAAUCAAGGAUUUCCAGGAAUCACACACGCACACAGGGGCACGCAUACAAUUGCAUUCGCCUGGCGUCACUUUUUGUUGCUGUACGCGCUAAAAUUCCAAUUUAAUUGAUUUAACUGAAUUAACCGAUUGAAAAUGGAUAUAUCCGGUGGGAAUACGUCGCGCCAGCCGCCUAAAAAGUCGAACCAAAACAUCCAGGUUUAUGUGCGCGUCAGGCCUCUGAAUUCCCGGGAACGCUGCAUCCGAUCCGCCGAAGUCGUGGAUGUGGUGGCUCCUCGGGAAAUAGUCACCCGUCACACGCUGGACUCCAAGCUCACCAAGAAGUUCACCUUCGAUCGCAGCUUCGGUCCCGAAUCCAAACAGUGCGAUGUGUAUUCUGUUGUGGUCUCUCCUCUUAUCGAGGAGGUCUUGAGUGGCUACAACUGCACUGUUUUCGCCUACGGACAAACGGGCACGGGCAAAACCCACACCAUGGUGGGAAAUGAGUGCGCCGAGCUGAAAUCCUCCUGGGAAGAUGACUCUGACAUUGGCAUCAUACCGCGAGCUCUGAGUCACCUUUUCGACGAGCUGCGCAUGAUGGAGGUGGAGUACACGAUGCGCAUCUCCUACCUGGAGCUGUACAACGAGGAGCUGUGCGAUUUGCUCUCCACCGAUGAUACCACUAAGAUUCGGAUUUUCGACGACAGCACCAAGAAGGGAUCGGUUAUCAUCCAGGGACUGGAGGAGAUACCCGUGCACAGCAAGGACGAUGUGUACAAGCUGCUGGAGAAGGGAAAGGAGCGUCGCAAGACGGCCACCACUCUGAUGAAUGCGCAGUCCUCGCGAUCGCACACCGUCUUCUCCAUUGUGGUGCACAUCAGGGAGAAUGGAAUCGAGGGAGAGGAUAUGCUGAAGAUCGGCAAGCUGAAUCUGGUCGAUCUCGCGGGCAGUGAGAAUGUUUCCAAGGCGGGAAACGAAAAGGGGAUAAGAGUAAGGGAGACCGUAAACAUCAAUCAGAGUCUUUUGACGCUGGGAAGAGUAAUUACCGCCUUGGUGGAUCGUGCUCCUCACGUUCCCUACCGCGAAUCGAAGCUUACUAGGUUGCUGCAGGAAUCUCUGGGCGGCAGGACGAAGACCUCCAUCAUAGCCACCAUUUCGCCGGGUCACAAGGACAUCGAGGAGACGCUCAGCACUUUGGAGUACGCCCAUCGAGCCAAGAAUAUCCAAAACAAACCGGAAGUCAAUCAGAAACUGACCAAGAAGACGGUGCUCAAGGAAUACACCGAGGAGAUCGACAAGCUGAAGCGAGAUCUCAUGGCGGCCAGGGACAAAAAUGGAAUUUACUUAGCCGAGGAAACUUAUGGCGAAAUAACCCUGAAACUAGAGUCCCAGAACCGCGAACUUAACGAGAAAAUGCUGCUGCUGAAGGCCUUGAAAGAUGAACUCCAAAAUAAGGAAAAGAUCUUCAGCGAGGUGAGCAUGAGUCUGGUGGAGAAAACCCAGGAGCUGAAAAAGACCGAGGAGCAUCUGAUGAACACAAAGGGUACGCUACUGCUGACCAAGAAGGUGCUGACCAAAACCAAGCGGCGCUACAAGGAGAAAAAGGAGCUGGUGGCCUCGCACAUGAAAACGGAGCAGGUUUUAACCACUCAGGCGCAGGAAAUCCUAGCUGCUGCUGAUCUGGCCACCGAUGAUACUCAUCAGCUGCAUGGAACCAUCGAGAGAAGGCGGGAAAUGGACGAAAAGAUACGCAGAUCCUGCGAUCAGUUUAAAGAUCGCAUGCAGGACAACCUGGAGAUGAUUGGCGGGAGCUUGAGUUUGUAUCUGGAGCAGCAGGCAGCCUCCAAGGAGCACUUGAGCCAGGAGAUGGUAAACUCCAGCAAUGUGAGCCAACGAUUGGCCAGCAAUGCCAGCAAAACCAUUGGAAUGCUCAAGGAAAUCUGCAGCCAGUCGCUGGUUGACCAAGCUGAGCUCCAGAAUAACCUAAUGUCGCAAGUCUUAAAAAUCAGCGAUGAGCACUCUCAAACGUUCAUUGCCCAACUGAUGGAGCAGCUGCAGCAGCGACAGCUUCUGAUGAGCAGAGAAAUCGAGUCGAGUCUGCAGGAAAUGGAGGAAAACAACCAGCGGCACAAGGACAUGCUGGACUCCAUGCAGGAGAAGUUCUCGCAAAUCAUCGACAGCAGCUCACAGUCGCUGGAGAAACAUGUACAGCAAGUCCAUCAGCAGCUGGAGCAGCUUAGUUCGAUGAGUUUGCCGGAUGCGGAGGAACUGGAGCAACUGCAAGAGGAACUGGCCAAUGAAAGGGCCUUGGCGCAGCAGGAGGAGACUCUGCUCGAAUCCAUGAUGAUGCAGAUGGAGCAGAUCAAGAAUCUGCGUGCCAAGAAUAGCAUUAGUAUGGCCAUUCGACUCAACAAAAUGGAGGAGAGCCGCGUGACCAGGAAUCAGCGCAUCGAUGAUACCAAAUCUGGUAUACGGGAUUACCAGAAAUUGGGCUUAGAAGCUGCUCAAUCCGCUCAAGCGGAGCUCAGCAGCCAAAUGGAGGCGGGAAUGCUCUGCCUAGACCAACGCCUGGCCAACUGCUCCCUGCUGCAGGUGCACAUGAAGAAUCUCGGCCAGGAAUACGCAAAGCAAACGGAAGAGAAUGUCGGUUCCAGUCGCCUGCACAACGAGCAGGUGAAUUUCAUCUGUCAGGAAAGCAAGAAGCAGCUCGAAGCGCUGCAGGAGAAGAGCCAUGCUAAUCUGGAGCAGUUAGUGAGCGAGCGACAGCAGCUGAUCACCGAGGACAGGCAGCGGUUCAUAGGUCACGCCACGGUGGCCACAGAUCUUGUGCAGGAGCUGAACAAGCAGACCACCGAGCAUGCCGCUCUGCAGCGACAGCAGCUGCAGAUUUCCGAGCAGGAGCUUGUGCGCUUCCAGCAGACGGAGCUGAAAACCUACGCGCCCACCGGCACCACUCCCUCCAAAAGGGAGUUCGUGUAUCCACGCACCCUGGUGGCCACGUCGCCGCAUCAGGAGAUCGUCAAGCGCUAUCGGCAGGAGCAGGACUGGUCGGAUCUGGACACCACGGCCACUAUAGAUGAGUGCAGCGAGAACGAGCACGACGAGUCCUUGCAAUCCGUGCAGGAGCUUUCUGAAACGGAAACCAUCAUGAACUCCACGCCCAUUGAGCCCGUGGAUGGUGUAACCAUUAAGCGUGGUUCUGGCACCACUCGCAGCUCCAAUUCGAAUGCCCUGAAGCCACCCGUAAUCGCCGGUGGCAAGCGCAGCAGCUCCUUGUCCCGCUCCCUUACGCCCAGUAAAUCUUCACCUCGGAACUCUCCCUCCUUCAACAGGCACAACAAAGAAAACGUCGCCUGAUUUUGCUUUCGAUGACUAUAAGUACUCUACUCUACCCAGUAACCCGUUUAUGUUUGUUUGGCUCUUCUGGAUAUUCUCUUUAAUCUGUAUAUCAAUCUUUGGAAUUUCGUACAUUUAUUAUUUAAAUAAACUUAGUAUGCUAUGUAAA